UCCUGACCUUGAGCGAUCCGCACACCUCCGCCUCCCAGAGUGCUAGGAUUAGAGGCGUGGGCCACUGCGCCAGGCCUUGAACGGUUGAAUAGAAUUUCCCUGUGAAACCAUCUGGACCUGGUCCUGUGUGUGCCUAAGCUCCAGAGUUUCUUGGUGUGAACAUGGCUGAGCAUACCGAGCAGUCUUUGAGGAUCGUUCUGGUAGGGAAGACUGGAAGUGGGAAAAGUGCAACAGGAAACACCAUCCUUGGGAAGAGAAUCUUUGAGUCUAGAAUUGCUGCCCAAGCUGUGACCAAGACCUGUCAGAGAGCAUCGCGGGAAUGGAAGGGGAGAGAACUUGUUGUUGUUGACACCCCUGGGCUCUUCGACAACAAGGAGAACCUGCUCACCACCUGCAGUGAGAUCAGCAAGUGUGUCAUCUGCUCGUGCCCAGGGCCUCACGCCAUUGUCCUGGUCAUGCAGCUGGGCCGCUUCACGGAGGAAGAGCAGAGAACCGUUGCACUGAUCAAGGCUCUCUUUGGGGAGCCAGCCAUGAAGUAUAUGAUCAUUUUGUUCACUCGCAAAGAUGAGUUAAUGGGCCAGGGCCAACUGCUAGAAGAUUUUCUAGAAGCAGCAGAUUGGAACCUAAAAAAGAUCAUCCGAGAGUGCGGGAACCGCUUCUAUGCCUUUGACAACACCCCAAAAACAGAGAAGGAAAGCCAAGUGGAGGGGCUGGUGGGGCUGAUAGAGACAAUGGUGCAAGGCAAUGGAGGGUCUUUCUUUUCAGACGCCAUAUACAAGGACACAGAGAAACGCCUGAGACGAGAGGCAGAGAUUUUGAGAAAAACCUAUGCGGAUGAAUUAGAAGAGAAAAAAAAACGAGUGGAAGAGAAUUAUACUAAUAAAUCAAAGGAAGAAAAGGAGAAAGAAAUGGAGUUGCUAAACAGGAAAUAUGAGGAAAAACUAAGCAAUGUAAGGGAAGAAGCUGAGAGUAAUACAUUUGAAAAACUUUUAGCUAGUAUUUUUAAAAAGCUUUCAGAAAUAUGGCAUAUGUUUUGGAGUUAAUGUCAACUUCAUUCUUUCUCCUUAACUUACUGUGGUUUGUUAAUGUGGAUUUUAUCUUUCAAAGAUGGCUGCAAUAAUACCUCCUGCCUCCCAGCUUUAUUAGCUAUAAUUGACAAAUAAAAAAUGUGUAUACUUAAGGUG